GUAUUGGGAGUGGACGCGCGAAACAUCGAAACGUGAAAGAUUAGCACUACAGAAAUGGCUGCAAUAUUAAAUCUUAUACUUAAAGAGGAGGUUUCCGCCGAUACAUUGGUGAAGUGGCUGCAAAGUGAAGUAAUUGAUGCUUUAUCUCUGUCUAAAUUGGAUGUCUACAAGAACAUUCGACUAGAAUUCAUUCCCUACUUUUUAAACCAUGUAAGAGAAAACACUGCUCAUCUCUUUGAAAAUGGACUUUCAAGUGGCCAGUCACCCGUAAAAAAGCUGUCUGCAAAGAAACCCAAGCCCGCCUUGAGAUCUGUUAACCCAUCUGCACGCCCUAAAAGAAGUAGAUUAUUUUCCAAGGAUCAAAGUGAAAAAGAGAAGAAUGCACCCUCAGAAAUUAAGGUGAAAGAUUUUGAUGAAAGGAAACAGUGCAUUCAUGUUCAGCAUUUGGCAUGUGUAGAAAAUUCAAGUGGUGCUGAAGCAAGACAGUCUGAUUUAAAGUCUGUUCUUUGUCCUAGGGUUGCUGACAUAGUGGACCCACACCAAUGUGCCUCAGAUAUUUUAAAGACAAAGGAUUUUAAAGACAAUAUUUUAAAUGAAAAUCUUAUCCAGGGCCUUUCAGAAUCAUUACACGAUGAAGAAACUUCUAAUUCGUUUGAAAGAAGUAGAGAUCUUUCUUUGAAUUCUUUUGCUGUGUCUGACUCUCGGUCACCUGAAGUUAACAUAAUCAACACAGUCUCACCAGUCACCAGGAACAGGAAAAAGAAAAGUCAGAUUCAGGAUGGACAGGCUUCGCAACAUAUAUCUCCACAGUUUCAUUCAGCUCCUCACAGAUACAACAGAACAGGACACAAACAAAAUCUGAGCUUAGGAGAGUUUUUUAGUUCACCAGAUUCUUCCUCUUACAGAAAUGCAGAAACACAAAGGACAUUAACUUUUACUGACUCAUCACCUGAAGCUUCAUGGUCUAGUACUAGAAAAAAUGGAAGAAAUACCAGCAGCAAGAAAAAUAGAGGUCUCAUAACGGACAAACAGGCACAAAACUUUUCUCAGACACGUCUAAAUGAUUUUUCUGUCAACAGUUUGCAAGAUUUUCCACCAUUAAAUGUCAGUUCACCUGAUCCCAUAUCAGAUAUUUCAAGUGCUAACACAUUAAAUAUCAAGACCCCUAGUUCUGCAAACAGUAAAAGUCCUUUAUUUUCCAGUUCAGUAGGUUCAGUAGUUAAAAUACAGCAAGACUGUGAGCCACAAGUGACACAGACCUGGUCAUUGUUGAAUGCUGUAAAGAAACAGAAUCACCACAGUAAAAAUCUCAGAUACACAAAUCUAAAACAGCCACGACGGAUCUCACCAAUAACUAUCAGCAGUGUCAGCACUAAUUCAGCAAACCCAUUGUUCUCAGAAGCGCCUAUUGAAGAACACGAGAUAGUUGAACCUAAAUUGCAUGUGAGCACCAAAAGCGCCUCAAGGUUGCAAACUAACAAAGAGAACCAAAAUGGAUCAGAUGCGAUGGUCCCUAUUGGUAUCAUGGACCAACAACCUGGUCAUCUCAGAAGUGAUUCUUCAGAGAAGCAGAGAGCUGAUGUUCUGAGUAAGGAAGAGGAAAUCCUCGACAGUCCCAGAACUCCCAGCAAACAGGCAUCAGGCAAGUCUGUUAGCAUCAUUCAGCUCAUACAGGCAAACCCACAGAAAGUGACUUACAGAGAUUUCCUGGACCUUUUUGUGUACACCUACUCUGCUUGUCUUGAGGCCCACCUGUUUCCUAACCUGACAGCGGAAUUGUUCUUUAUAACUCAGUUGCUGACUGUUCAGGGAUGUAAGGAAAUGCAAGAUGAACAGAAUUUUGCUGAAGACGUUGAGGAUAAAAACUACUUCUUGACCAUACACAAUGCAGUGUAUUUUGCAACUGGAGUCAUGAGGCAUCACGUACAGCUUUUGAGCAAACUUGACCAAACAACACUGCGGCUGCUUUCGGACAAUCCACGUGUGGCAGAUUUUGCUCCUGAUCUGCAAGAUCAACUAAAAUCCUUUCUCGAAUCAGCUUUAGAAAAAACUAGUACAAGCAUGUCCUUCACCACAAUACCAGGCGUGGCCUUUCAAGCAGAAACUGACAAUCGAAAGAAUUUCCCAAAUGACAGGACAUUUCACUUGUUUAAAAAACAAAGGGAUCUGUUUUAUGAAGUAUUGAGAGAAUGGGAAGCACAGCAGUCGGUGCCAGGAUGGAGCUUAGAAUCACAUCUUGGGAACAAAAUCAGGGGCUUGGUAGGAGCCAAGACAGAGCUGGCCAACUAUUUACACCUGACCCGGCUAUUUCUGUCACAGCUUAUUUCUAUGUGCAAAGGAGACCAGAACCUUAAGGCACAGGAAGAUUCUGAGACAAUCUCUCUUCUGGUUGAACUGAAAGAAACAAAUCCAGAAAAAUAUAUCAAGCUCCAAGAACGAAUAAGUCAGCCGUCGGCGAGUGGAGGGCAGUGUUCUGUCACUUUCCCUGGCCAUCAGCGGUUCUUUCGAGAUUUUAUCGUUGUUGCCGCCAAUCCCGUCUUGAACCAUCACUUGUCCAGUCUACUCUCUAUACGCAUAACUGAACUGAAUAGAACGGAGUUUGGCGAGGAGGUAUUAAGUAGUCAGGCAGAUCUGGUGCCAGAUGAUAUGGAGAUGGAAUGUAAAACAUUUGCAUCAACUCUGCUAACUUUGAGGCUGCUUGCUCGAUUCCUGGGGUUUAUCACCUUCUUACCUUAUCAGAGCCCUGAUGGACUUCCUCAGCCUCUGUUGCAGGACUGUAUCACAGUCAGAAGUGUUGUACCUAUGCCUUUGGACUUGGGAUGGUAUGUUCAAGCUGCACUUAAAAGUGGUCGACUGUCCCUUGUCGUACCAUGGGUGGUUGAAUUUCUUGGUCAGAUGGACACAGGAGCAUAUCUGCUUGAGAGUUUUCAGCAUCUUUUUCAUUUGCUACAGUCUAUACUUCGGUUAGUCUGGCAACAAAUGAAAGCAAAUGGAUUCUCAUACAGUGGUCUCUUGAUUGUGACUUCUAUUGGCUGGCUUUCUGAUCUUGCUUGUUUGCCUGGACUACCAAGCAACACUGAAAUGGAUCUUUUUGUUCCAUCCGUAGAUUGUGGCUCUGUUGAUGCUAUAUGUAUGGUUACACAGGACCUUUUUUACUCCUGCUGUCCUUACUUAGGUGAAAUUCGAUACCUUUUGUCUGAAUUUUCUAUUGGAACCAGGAGCAAAACCACAAUACGAAAAAUUACUUUGUCAGCAGUAGAUGCUGUACCACCAUCUGCUGAGAGAGAAACCUCAAAAAAUUUACAAGCUAGCCUGGAGGAAAGCUUUUUCCAUCUCCAUCCAUCUUCGUUACGGCGGACUGUGGAAUUUGUUGCUGAUCGAACAGCCUCCAAUUUUAUCAAACAAAUGCGUGCUUCAUUUUUGCCAGAAUCUCUAGCCAAUUGUAGAGAAGAAGCAAGAAAUCUUGCAUUCAGCUUGAGCACUAAAUCAAAUGGGAAUCCCAAGGAAAAUGUACAACAGGAGCUUAACUGUCUUGCUCAGAGUAUUUGCCUGAGACAAAGAGAUAAAAUAAUGGAGUUACAAAAGAGUUUCUGUCAGCCACGCAUCAGCACCUCCUUACAACUACUGCUGUCUGAAGACGAGAGUAAAGUCGUCAUCUCUUGUGCAACAGCCAUCGCUUGCCGCACUGCCAGGAUGAAAAUUUUGCAUUGGCUUAAAACUUAUGUCACUGUUGCUAUGUAUUCAAGAGAAGUCAUGGAUGAGUGGGUGCACUAUAAGACUUCAUCACACAGCAGUGCCAUACAAACUAGAAAAAAAGGGGAGGAGCCUGGAGACAAGAUAUGCGCCGUGGGCAGGCUUCCUCUUGAUGUCAGCUGUCAGGGAAACAACUUAUCUCUUUGUGACCUACCCGAGAAGCCAAAAAAUAAAAACUCUGUAAAGAACAUUAAGGAUAUUGUUUAUGAAACCAUACUUCUGUCUAAAAGUGACGAAAUAAAGCCAACUGAAUCAGGUUCAGCAGACACAGAGAUGACUACAUCACAUCCUGUAAAAAUGAUGUGUGAUCUCCUGAGAGAUGGGCAGGAUUUGUUGUGCCGUCUGUUAAUUCGUGCUGAGCCUGUUAAUUCCAAGGACAUUGUAACUCACUUGCAUAGUAUUCAAGCAUCUCUCACAGUUUCAAAGGAUCUGCCACCCCAGACCGCUCAGUGCCUAGCCUCAAUGACAGCAGAUGUGGCACUGGAAGUCAUAUGCAAGCAGCCUUCACAGUGGUCACAAAGUAUCUGUACUCAGUUCAUAAGAUUGUUUGAAGGUGUUCUUUGGAACCAGACUGACUUGUCUCGUUUAUGCUCUGGCUUAGCAAAAGCUAAGCUUAUGAGGGCUGCUGAUAAAAAGAUGGCCGUGGAGCAGUUCCGAAUGCUGUUGAAUAUGUUGGUAGAACACAAACUCCUGCAACCUGAAGCCGCUUCUUGCUUUACUUCACAAUUGUCUUGAUUUUGAUUCUUGAGGAUGAAAAAUAGAAAAACAAAACUCUGAAAGAAACUUGUUCACAGACAGAGCUAAAUGCUGAAUCAAGGAAAGUGAAGAAAAGUCAAAAGGGAGGUGAAAUAAAAGCAGCAAAGCACAAUUGAAACAGAUCAACAAGGUCAAUGUCACAAAAUAUUGCUUAGCAGUUGUAUAUGUAAGGGCAUAUGAGCAGUGUAUUCAUCAGAGAUUUUCCUCCUCAGAAGAAGAAAAAAAAAAAAGAUGACAGGCAUAACAUGUCUUCAUGGUGAAAAUUUUGUACAAAAAAGCCCUAAAAAAUUUCUGAUUUUCCUUUAUUUUAAUAAUACAGAUAAAUUAUACAGUUUACAUUUUAAGCUUACAAAUUAAGUUGUAUAUCAAACAUUUUAAACAUAAUCUUACCAAGUUUAAGAGAAAGUGCAAUAGAAAGUGUACUUGUAAAUUUUUGUAAAACUUUUGUUUUAUUUCUUCUUUUUAGCUCUGCAUACAAUGCAUUUGUUAACCCUCUGCUGAAUAUUUUUAAAAACCACCUGAGAAAUAUGACACAUGUUUUAAAUGAGAAUUAACAUUUUUUAAGUCAGAGUUAGUAUUAUAGAACCCAACCGAAAAGCAGAGGCUAAGCUCACUUUGAUUAUGCUGCCUAUUGCUUUUCCCACAAUUUCAUAGCGUGUCUGAGAAAAUGUAUCACAUUCUCCCAUUUUGUUCCCAGCAUUACUACAACUUUUAAUUUCACCCAUAGCACCAAAAGUGAAAUCUGUUAGAGUCAUAAAUACACCACAUGGCAUGAACAUUUACUACAGUCUUUCACUGCGAUAUGUUCUACGCAUAUCUGUUUUAAUCAGGGAUGUUACUGUUGAGACUGAUGCUAAUGUUUACCAUAAUGUAAGUCAUAAAGGGGGAUGUGUGUGUGUGUUUCAUUUAUUGUUAGUGUACAGGUUGUGCAUGCUAGCUAAAGUGUAUCUGAACAAAAAGACAUUCACAACUUUUGCAGUGUAAACUUGUAUUUGAUUUGAGAGAUAAAGCAAUUUUAAAAGAU